GAAAACGGCUUGCAACCUUUCCGGAAACAUUUUCUCAAAUUUUGAAUUAAAACUUUUUUUCAACGAAUGCAGUAAGAUGCUUUUAAAUAGAUUAGUUAGUAUCGCAAGAUGUCAAACUAAUAUAAAUCAAUUGACAGGAUUUUUCCAAAAAUGCAAAAUUUCAUCAACACCAACCGCAUUAUCAAAGCUUGAGAUUUCAAAACCUUUACAAGUUGUCAAUUUAAAUAACGAAAAUCUCGAUCCUGUUAAGAAUAUCAAUGAUAAAAUCAAAUCAGAUGAAGUUGGAAGGCUUUUUGCUGUUAUUCAAUUACUUGGCAAACAGUUCAAAGUUACUGCUGGAGACGUGAUUCUCGUUGAAGGUUUAUGGGAGCCAACUAACGGAGACAAACUAAGGUUGGAUAAGGUUCUUCUUGCUGGAUCAAAAGAUUUCAGUCUCAUCGGUCGUCCUAUUCUUCCUAUUGGUCUUAUUGAUGUUCAAGCCACUAUCAUAGAGAAAUCUUUGUCACAUACAAGAACAGUUUUCAAGAAGAAAAGGAGAAAGCAAUAUAUGAGAAUAAAUUUUGCUCGAAUGGAAACAACACAAAUUAGAAUUAAUUCCAUCGAAAUUACUAAUCUUGUUGACAAAGAUAAAACCAUAAAUGAUAAUCGUGAGAUUUAUUAAUGUAUGAUGAGCAUUUUAGUAACAUAUUAAUAAAACAAAAAAGUAAUUCCAGAACUAAGUAUUUAUU